GCCUUCAAAACUCUAACUUUAUUAUUUUUACUAUAAUAAAGAAGAUAAUUAAUAUGUCUUUCGAAUAUUCCCAAGAACUUAUUGAUGAUUAUGAAAAAUUACUUAAAGUUGAUGAAGGGCACGAUGUUAUUAUUUACGCCGGUGAAGAUGAAAAUGCAAAAGAAAUUCAUGCACACUCACUCAUUUUAUGUAUUAGGUCUCAGUAUUUUCGUGCUGCAUUCUCUAACGAAUGGGCCGAUAAAAAAGAUGGAAAAUUUAUUCUUAAAAAACAAAACAUUUCUCCUCAAAUCUUUGAAUUUAUUUUAAGAUUUAUUUAUUGUGGAAAGAUUGAUUUGACGAAAUUACAGGACCUAGAAUUAUUAGAACUUUUGAUGGCAGUAGACGAACUUAAUAUUCAAACGUUGAUCCCUUGCAUUCAAGAAUAUUUAAUUGAUUAUCAAUACGAGUUUUUACAACGGAAUCCUAUUGAAAUUCUUGAAACCGUUUAUCAAGUUUAUCAAAUUGAUACUUUCUCAGGUUUAUGGGAAUUUUUACUUGAAAUAAUUUGUUAUAAACCAGAAAUAUUAUUUAGUUCUGAUAAUUUAAUUAGGUUAAGUGCACCAUUAUUGGAAUUACUUUUAAAACGGAAUGAUUUAUUAUUGGAUGAAAUUGUUAUAUGGGAUAAUUUGGUCAAGUGGAGUUUUGCUCAGCAUCCUUCUAUUCAACAAGAUGUUAAUAAAUGGAAUGAAGAAGAAAUCGUAAUUAUGAAAAAUACUUUUCAUAUGUUUAUUCCUUUAAUUAGAUUUUAUCUAAUAUCUUCAGAAGACUUUUAUUUAAAGGUAUAUCCUUAUAAAGUAUUAUUACCUGAAGAUUUAAUUAAUAAUAUACUUGCAUUUCAUACGGAACAAAAUAAGGAAUUUAAUAAUUAUGUACAACCAUCUAGAAGUCCGAAAUAUGAUACAAAUUUAAUUAAACCUCACUAUUUUGCCACUUUUUCUAGUUGGAUCGAAAAGAAAGAUGGUUCACAUUAUAAUUAUUAUAAUUCAAGAGAUAUUCCUUAUUAUUUUUAUUUAAUAUAUCGUGCUAGUAGAGAUGGUAAUACGGCCGAAGCAUUUCAUGAAAAAUGUGAUAGUAAAGGAGCCACUAUAGUUGUAGUUAAAAUUAAAGAUUCGGAACAAAUUAUUGGAGGAUAUAAUCCAUUUAGUUGGGAUUUAUAUAAUCAUUAUAAGAGGUCGACCAAUAGUUUUAUAUUCUCAUUUAAAGAUAGAAGAGACACAAAAACUGCAAAAGUAGGUUAUAGUAAUGGUUUGAGUUCUGUAGGUUGUUAUCGAAGUCAUGGUCCAAUAUUUGGUUAUUAUUUGUAUUUUCUUAACAAUACAUGGAUAAUUAAUCACAGUUAUUCAAGAAAUUAUCCCGGUAUUAAAUUUCCAAUGAAUGGAAGUAUAGAUAUAGACGAUUUUGAAGUUUUUCAAAUUAUAAAGAAAUCAUAAAUUAUUUUGAUAAAUAUACUAUAUUUACUCUGUAAGAUUUUAUGGUAUAGAAAUAAAUUUCAUCCAAUGGCUUUAUAAUUACUUUUAUGUUAAAAAUAUAAAAUUUUUAUAACUGGUUCCUUUAACUAUGAAAAUCUUGACAUUCAAUUGUGACAAAGUAACUACUAAGUAUUGCCAUUCCUAUAAAUAGACUACUUAUUAGGAUCAUAAGGUUUACAAUUUUUUCAACCAUGAAUCCAUAAUUGUUUAAUUAAAAUCCUUAUAUAAAAAGUAAUAAUCUUUAAUGUCAAGUUUAACACAUUGGGACCUUGCCCUUCUGAUUCUCCCGGACGAAUGUAAUCCUACUCGCAAAUUUUGAAAAAAUUAUAAAGAUAGCUGAAAAUAUAGCUUACCUUCUUAUUUCUUUUCUUUUCUUUCUUCCAAUUUCUUCCGAAGAUCAGGUAAUUUGCUUUACUAGCAUCAGACAUUUACUUCAAUUGUCUUUAUAUUUCUU